AGGACUGGGAUUUCCAACUCAUAACUUAUCUAGUGGCAAACCAAUAGCUUCAAUUUAUAAACAAUAGCUCUAAGUUACUGUUCACAUUCCAGUCGUGAGCUUGGAGUCUUACAAUAGAAACUGUCAAUCAAAUAAAAAUGAAGUGCAGUGCAAUAUUAUUGAGUGGAUUACUGAUAGGUGCAGUGUCAUCAGCCUACGCUGAAGCCGAUGAGAUUAGAAUCAUUAGUAGAGCAGAAUGGGGAGGAAAACCACCGAAGAAGACACCAACACCACUACCAGGUACUCUACUAUACGCAAUAAUAAGUCACACAGCGUCAGUGGCGUGUGCCACGAAGCUCGAGUGUUCCAAAAUCGUUCGAACUAUUCAAACAAUGCACAUGGAGGGUAAUCGAUGGGACGACAUUGGAUAUAACUUCCUCGUGGGCGGCGAUGGCAACAUCUACGAGGGUCGAGGGUGGGACGUUCAAGGAGCUCAUACUUUCAAUUACAAUAAGAAAAGCAUUGGACUUAGUUUUAUCGGUACAUUUAGUACAGCAGUACCCAGUAACAAACAACUGGCUGCUGCGCAGAACCUCCUCGAGACAGGAAUGAAAAUGGGAAAAUUGAUGGAUAGUUAUAAGUUACUUGGACACAGACAAGUCAGCGAAACUCUGAGUCCUGGAGAUGAACUCUACAAAAUUAUUCAAACGUGGCCACAUUGGUCUGAGAAAUAUCAGGUACUUCUGCCAGACACGUCAGGUGCAAUAGCCGCGAGUAAAAUAAAAAAAAUGACAUUUGAUAGAAUAGUAGUAUUAGAGCUGAUUGUUGCUGUUCUUCAUGUAUCGGGAACGUUAGGAGAUGAUAUAUUGAGUAAAUCCAAUCAAUAUCCCCACACAAUAGAUUCACAAUCAGUGACAAUAAUUAGUCGAGGAGACUGGGGCGCUAAGACAUCAACAACUCCACUGACCAGACUAUCAGAAACUCCAUUAUCAUACGUCAUAAUAAGCCACACCGCCUUUCUCCCCUGCACCACAAAGGACGAGUGCUCCAGCAAAGUUCGCGAUAUUCAGAACAUUCACAUGACAGUGAACAAAUGGGAUGACAUUGGUUAUAAUUUCCUGGUUGGUGGAGAUGGCAACAUCUACGAGGGUCGUGGAUGGGACAUGACUGGUGCUCACACAAUCGGUUACAACUCUAGAAGCAUUGGAGUGAGUUUUAUCGGUACCUUCGAAACCGUCGUACCGAGUGAUGAGCAGCUCAAAGCUGCGAAGAGCUUGCUCGAGUCCGGAGUCAAGGAUGGAAAGUUGACUGCUGAUUAUAAGUUACUGGGGCACAGACAAGUACGAGACACUGCCAGCCCUGGGGACAAACUCUACGAGAUUAUCAAGACUUGGACACAUUGGAGUGCUGAACCCUGAGCUUAUGAUUGAAGUAGAAAUCAUCAAGAUCAUUCCACAAAUUGUGGGGAAAAAAAUAUUAUGACGUCUGUGCGAGUACAUUGUUACACUAAGGAAUUAAUUUUAAAUAAUCUAGUGCCAGAAUUAUUAUUAUACUUGUGAUUAUUUAAGUCCAGUGAUUAACUCACUUCCAUAGUAGAUUAAUUCAUUAUGAAUGAUAUACUGUAAACAUUAAUAUUCGUUCUCAGCUGUCAAACGAGCUUUUCCACAUAAGGAAAAACGAGAAAUAAAUUACGAUUGAGCAAUUGGAAGAAUGUAAUGAGGAAUAAAAAAUGAAGUUCUAACGGAAAAAAA